ACACGAACCAGCCACGUCGCAGUGAAAGCACCGAAGGCCGGGAGAAGCGCAAAGGCAGCCAAAGACCGCGGCCACGGCCGAGAAGCUGGCAGCCGAUUCGCGUCACUGGAAAACAGUCCGGCACUUCCGAGCUUCGGCAAACCGCCCCGGCAAGCGGCGGCCCACGCGGCGGGGAGACGCCGCAGGGGCCCAGCCUCGCAAGACGGGCCCCGGCGCGCUUCGCGCGUGCUGGGCGUUUCUCCCGGCCGGCUUAGCGGCGCGCGCGGCCCGAGUAGGCGGAGGGUGGAGCUGAGGACGACGGAGCCCCGGAGGGGACAGCCCGGCGUGUGCGCCUGCGCUCCCCUCACACCGGCGCCCGCGAAGCGACCCCGCGGGAGCGGGCCCUCCCGGCCGGACCUGCAGCCGCCGCGGCCGGCGCGGGCCUCCCGCAGAGCCCGCUGCAGCCGCCUCACGGCCCCCGGAACCGCCCCGCCGCGAGCGGGAUGCGGGCGCCGACCCCGCUCACCUCCGGCCCCGGGCUGCGCGCAGGCGUCUCGGGCGCCGCCGCCGCCCCGCCCGGCCCGCGCGUCCUGCGGUUACCUGGGAGACGCGGCGGCGCCGCUUGGCCUUCUGGGACCCGCCCGGCGCGCGGGCGAAGAGCGCCGAGAGGGUCCUCCUCUGCCCUCAGUCGCCGGCUCGCCCAGCUCGCUUGCGGGGCGUUCGCUCCCAGGGCGCAGGAGCGAUCGCGGGGGCGUGGAAGUUCCGUGGCGGGUGGGCCCGUCGACGUCCCUGCGGGGCCUGGCCUGGGGCAGUCGGCGAAGGCUGGGACGACAGAAUUAUAACACCAGGAGUCGACUGUACCCCAUGAGGAGCUGCUCAGCGUGGGCACUUAGAGAGCGAGCUCAACCAAGCAGGUGGGGAGCAGAAGCUCUGAGACCUACUAUACCCAGGCAAUUCCCAGGGCAUAAUGGUAGUAGGAAAGGUGAUACACGUAACCGUAUAAAGAACAACCAGAAUUUUAUAGCACACUCAACACCCACGAAUACCGACACCUGGAAUGCAGCACUGAUUUCGCACAGACCUGCUCUUGUUCAAGUAGUUAUAAUUGCGUGUGUAGCCUUUAGCAUUGCCCUGAUAUGUGGAAUCGCUAUUUCCUAUGUGAUAUAUCGGCUGGUCCAGGCUGAGGAAAGACAGCAACUGGUGUGGCUUUGUAACAAUGUCAGGACACCGUUCCUGGGAGAUGAUGACAAUGAUGUCGACGACGACAAGGAGGACUCGGAGGAUGAGAGCUUGGAUGAAUCCACCUACCUACUUCCAGAGAAUGAGGAGGAGCUCGAAAACUUCAUUCACUCAGUUAUUAGAUCCAAAAGAAGAAAGCAUAUGGUAAACAAGAGAUUGAAGAAAGAACAAGAUUUAUUAAUGGAAACAAAAAUAGGGAAUUCUAUGCACAGUAUAUUCUCAGAGGGUCUAUGAGAGCAAACGAAAGAGAUGCAGGACGUGCCAGCCCGUGGGGAGCCAACAGUUGCAAGGACAGCUCACGACUGGGGACCUGAGCAUGACUUACUCCUGGAGAGCUCUGUUCAGAGCACGCUAAAGAAGAAAACUAGAAGUAUAUAACAGAAAAUAAAUUCAUAUGUGCAAUGAUUCUUGAUUCUUAG